AUGCCAAAGCGUUAUCGUCUGCGCCGGCGGUCAUCACCGCUGCCGUACAGGGUGGCCAAUGUCGGUCUGGCUGUCAGCAACCGCGCCGUGUUCCUGUGCGGCGGGAUCCGCGGUUUUCGGAGGGGGGAUGUGACGCCGCUGACAUUACGCUAUGACAGCGCUCUGGCUGUAUGGAACUGUGUAGCGCCGAUGCAGACUGGAGUCACUGGACGACGUGAUCUGGGUAUUGCCUCGGCUGGCGAUCACAUUUACGUCGUGGGGGGUCUUGACAACCAUUACCGAACCUUAGCAUCUGUGGAGCGAUACGAUGUGCUUAGCAAUCAGUGGAUGUACGUGGCAUCCUUGCCAACGCCGUUGACGAAGUCAGCCGUCUUCAGCUUCGAUGGUCGACUGUUCGUGUUUGGAGGCUCCAAGUCUAUAUCUGACUGUCUUAGUUUUACCAAUGCAGCAUACUGUUACGACACGAAAGCGGAUGUUUGGAGUGGAAACGACGGUGUACGCAGUUUGAGCUGUGUAGAGGCUUUUAAUCCGGAAACCCAACAGUGGACCAAAAAAUGUGUGUUCUGUUGA